UUUACUCAAAACAAAUCAAUCCAAAAAGAGUAAGUAAUUAAUUUCAAGAUCUCAACUUUAUUAUAAAACCCCACAUUUUUAUAAUCCAAAAAAUCCUAACAUAAUCUUGGAUUCUAAUUACUCCUUACACUCUGUGUGUGUGUGUAUAUAUAUUUACAGAAUCGAAGUGAUCUGAGAAAUGGCUUCCAAUGGGAACAAUCAUGCAUCCACAAAACCACCACCAGAGCCUUCACCGUUGCGAAAGGCGAAAUUUUUCCAGGCUAACAUGAGGAUUCUGGUGACUGGUGGUGCUGGAUUUAUAGGCUCUCACCUUGUUGACAGACUGAUGCAAAAUGAGAAGAAUGAGGUGAUUGUUGUAGAUAAUUACUUCACCGGAUCAAAAGAUAAUCUAAAGCAAUGGAUCGGUCAUCCAAGAUUUGAGCUAAUUCGCCACGAUGUUACUGAUCCAUUGUUGAUUGAAGUUGACCAAAUUUUUCACCUUGCUUGCCCUGCUUCCCCCAUUUUUUACAAGUAUAAUCCUGUUAAGACAAUUAAGACAAAUGUAAUCGGAACGCUGAACAUGUUGGGACUUGCCAAGCGAACUGGGGCAAGGAUUUUACUCACAUCGACCUCUGAGGUUUAUGGAGAUCCACUCUUGCACCCUCAAGAUGAGACUUACUGGGGCAAUGUUAACCCAAUUGGAGUUAGAAGUUGUUAUGAUGAAGGCAAAAGAGUCGCUGAGACUUUGAUGUUUGAUUAUCACAGGCAGCAUGGAAUAGAAAUAAGAAUUGCUAGGAUCUUCAACACCUAUGGUCCCCGAAUGAACAUUGAUGAUGGUCGUGUUGUCAGCAACUUCAUUGCCCAGGCAAUUCGUGAUGAACCCUUGACUGUCCAGUUGCCAGGAACACAAACACGCAGCUUUUGUUAUGUUUCUGACAUGGUUGAUGGCCUUAUUCGGCUUAUGGAGGGAGAUAAUACUGGACCAAUUAACAUUGGAAAUCCAGGUGAAUUCACAAUGCUUGAACUCGCAGAGAAUGUGAAGGAGCUCAUUAAUCCGGAAGUGAAAAUUAUUACCGUUGAGAACACUCCAGAUGAUCCUCGACAGAGAAAACCCGAUAUCACGAAGGCAAAAGAGUUGCUCGGCUGGGAACCAAAGGUCAAGUUGCGCGAUGGUCUUCCUCUCAUGGAGGAAGAUUUUCGUGGCAGGCUCGGAAUUUCAAGAAAGAAGUAAAAGAAAAAAAGCUUCCAUGGUUGGAGUUGAUGGAAAAUGAGAGUUCACAAAUAGAUGCUUUGCAUCUUGGCUUCGUUUCAUGCAUAAGUUUUCAGCUUUUGUUUCUCAAAUUUUGUUGCUUUGUCUUUCCGAAUGGAGAAUAAACUAUGUCCAGCAUUGUCUUUU